AUGUCGUACAACGAGAAACAAGGCCCUCACCAUGAAGACGUCUUGGGCGUCGACGCCUACCGGCUGCUGCUGAUGGUCGACGACCUGAACCUGGCCUACACUUUGGAGACGGUCGAGUACGGCACCCGCUGGCAGCGGUUUGUCGACUCGUUCAAACCGAUGGACUUGGACGAGGUCGGCAUUGACACUACAGGGAUGACGCCGAUGGAGAAGCUGGUGAUCGCUACUGCCCGCCACCCGUUGGCGCGGAGAUUGAAGUCUCGCCAUUUGCAGAUGAUUGCCAUUGGUGGGUCCAUUGGUACCGGUUUGUUUGUUGGUCUGGGGUAUGCGUUGUCUCAGGGUGGUCCCGGUGCCGUGUUAAUUGGGUACGUCUUGGUGGGGUACUCGCUUUUGUGUGUGAUCAAUGCCUUGGGUGAGAUGUCGGUGCAAUUCCCCGUGCUGGGGCUGUUUAACCUGUACUUCUCUCGGUUUGUCGACCCUACGUGGGGUUUUGUUCUCGGUUUGUUAUACGCGUGUUCGUGGCUCAUCUCCUACCCUUCAGAACUCGUGGCGUGUGCCAUGACCAUUGGCUACUGGCGACCAGACGUCGACGGGGCCGUAUGGGUCGCCGUGUUCUGGGUGGUCAUUUGUCUGGUGAACAUGUUUGGCGUUAAAGGGUACGGGGAAGUGGAAUUCGUCCUUUCCUUCCUCAAGGUGAUCGCCGUGAUUGGGUUCUUGAUUUGUGGUCUUUGUAUCAUUUGUGGUGUUGGUGACAAAGGCUACAUUGGUGGCAAGUACUGGUCCAACCCCGGUUCAUUUAACAACGGGUUUGACGGGGUGGCAUCGGUGUUCAUCUCCGCCGCCUUCUCUUUCGGUGGUAUUGAACUUGUGGCUCUCGCCGCCGCCGAAACGGAAAACCCCCGCAAGUCGCUUCCCAGAGCCACUAAACAAGUGUUCUGGAGAAUCACCAUCUUCUACAUUCUUACUGCCAUCAUCAUCGGCUGUCUUGUUCCUUACACCAACGAAAAGCUCCUUGGUUCCGAUGACCCUACCCAAAACACUGCCCUGUCUCCAUUUGUCAUUGCCAUCCAAGAAGGUGGUAUUAAGGGUCUUCCCUCGGUGAUGAACGCCGUGGUGCUUCUCGCCAUCAUCUCGGUGGGUGUCUCCUCGGUGUACGGGUGUCUGAGAACGCUCGCUUCGUUAGCCGUCCAGGGUCUUAUCCCUAGCUACUUUGGCUACAUUGACCGUGCUGGUCGUCCCUUGGUGGCGAUCAUGUUCACCAACAUGUUUGCCCUCUUGGGUUUCCUCGUCGAUGCCGACGCUCAGCUGACGGUGUUCACCUGGUUCUUCUCUGUGUGUUCAUUGUCGUCGUUCUUCACCUGGAUGGCCAUUUGCUACACCCACUUGCGGUGGAGAUGGGCGUUGAAGGCUCAGGGCAGAGACACCGACGAAGUGAUCUUCCGCUCGCCCAUGGGUGUCUGGGGUGACUACCUGGGGAUCGUGGUGUUGUUGUUUAUCGUCGCCUGUGAGCUCUACAUCUCCAUCAUCCCUUACGACGCCGAACAAUUCUUCCAAAACUGCUUGUCGCUCCCCCUCAUGAUCGUCAUGUACGUGUUGCACAAGACCUUCACCCGGCUGUGGAACAUGCUCCACGUCAAGCUCAGCGAUAUCGACCUCGACACCGGUCGUCGUGAGGUCGAUUUGGAAGUGCUCAAACAAGACAUUGCCGACGAGCGGGCCGCUCGAAAACAGGCGCCAUUCUAUGUCAAGAUCUACAAGAUUUUCUGUUGA